AUGAGCUGUCCCACUUUCAAUGUUCCUAUCGGUAUUCCAGUUUUUGGGCUAGGAUUUGCCUCAAAUAACCAAUUGAUCAUUGGUGGUGGCGGAGGAGCCUCUCGUUCAGGUGUCAAAAAUAAGUUGGCCUCUUAUAAAAUAGACAUACGACGCAAAGACCUGGAAGAGGACGCGACAUUUGAGUUUGAAUCCGAAGAAGAUGCACCCAUGUGCAUAGAUAUCCAUCCUACUGAAAUGAUUGCAGUGACUGGUGUCAAUGAGCAAGAGAGUAAUAUAAAAAUUGGAAUGAAUAAAAACUGUCGAGUGUUCAAAAUCUUGGAAGACAAAUUUGAACAUCAAAAGUCAUUGAGCACCUUGGAAAGUCGCAAGGCAGAUGACUAUCAGAAAGUAGUCCGUUUCAGUGAAGACGGUACACUUUUUGCAACAGGUACCACUGAUGGGAAUGUGAAUGUGUUUAAAUUUCCAUCGUAUGAAUCGCUUUGUCAGCGUAUCAACGUAGUAGAAAAUGAUGAAAUCUUAGACGUCGAUUUCAACCUUGAGAAAGAGAAGCUUAUCUGUGUAUUAAGGGACGCGUUAAAAUUAAUUAAUCUACGCGGCAAGAAUACAGGCCAAACAGUACAAACAAUUCCCAGCUCAACUCUGAUCAAAAAUAUGAAAUCUAACUUCAGAGCUUUCAGAUACGGCCGCAAAUUUACAAAAGACUAUGGAUAUGCAGCGUUAAAUACGGUGACAAAACCUGGUGGUCACAUCAUCAAAUUUGAUGCUUAUUCAUUCGAGAAAUUGAAAAUGACUAAAGUGAGCAACAAGCCUAUUACAUCCUUCACUAUCAGUCAAGACGGUGCCUUGAUUGCUAUUGCAAGUGCCGAUCUAAGUAUAACACUGCUAGAUGCUCAGGCACUCAAGGUAUUAGUCAAGAUAAAAGAUGCACACAGUUUUUCAAUUACUUCUAUCGCAAUAAGUCCGGAUCGACGAAUUCUAGCCAGUGCUUCAGCAGAUAACAGUUGUCGAAUUGUAUCACUUCCUCUUCAAUUUUCAUCGCAAGUAACAAUUAAUCCUCUCUAUACAGUUCUAUUAGCCUGUGCUAUAGCUGGAUUGUUGAUUUGGGUGCUGUCCAUUGUGGAUCUUCAACCUAUGAUUGAUAGCUCCAACAAUCAACACUCAAUAAUCAACUCAGUGAACUCGGAUUCUGUACAGAUGGUGGAUACAGCUGCAUCUAACAUAAACGUAAUUGACAAUUCCAAAGCAAGCCCUCUCCUUAUACCAGAUACAAUUACUGCUACUGUCGUAAAAGAAACUGAUAAGGUUGAGAAGACGAAGGAUGAGUUGUAG